AUGGCUUUCAUUUCCUUUCAUUAUUCUCUCUUUCUCCUAAUAAUAACCAUUUUCUCAUCAUCAAAACUAGCCAACGCAGCAAACACCAUACAGAAUUUCCACUACUUCUGUGAUUUUAACAACAGAGGCAACUACACAGACAACAGCAUCUACCACACAAACCUCAAAACCCUUCUAUCAACUCUCACUUCCAAUACACAAAUCAACUACGGUUUCUACAAUUCCUCAAACGGCGAAAACACAAACAAAGCAUACGCUAUUGGUCUCUGCAGAGGCGAUGUUAAGCAAAACGAGUGUCUUAACUGCCUCAAGGCUUCAAGCAACAAUCUCACACAGCUUUGUCCGAACAGAAAAGAAGCAAUUGGUUGGUACGAAGAUGAGAAAUGCAUGUUGCGUUAUUCAGAUCGAUCCAUAUUUCGAUUCUUGGAAAUAGGACCUGCUUAUUAUGCAAACAACAUGAAUAAUGCAACUGAUUUGAGUGUGUUCAAUGAAGCUCUCCGCAAUUUGCUAGAUAAUUUGACUCGGAGAGCUUCAUCGGGUGAUUCUAGAUUGAAGUAUGCUGCUGAUAGUACCCUCGGUCCUAAUUAUCAAACUAUAUAUGGUUUGGUUCAGUGUACGCCUGAUUUGUCUGAAUCAGAUUGUAAUUCGUGUUUGGUUCAGUCUAUUGCGCGUAUACCGAUUGAUUGUUGUAAAGACAAGAUUGGUGGAAGAGUUGUUCGGCCUAGUUGUAACAUGAGAUUUGAAACCAAUUUCCCAUUCUAUGAUCCUACAGCGACGCCACCACCACCUCCCCCUCCUGAACCAGGUACUUGUUAUUAUGCUCAUUAAAUUUUAUUAACUUAGUAUUUGUUAUUGAGAUCGUGGCUUUAAAUUGAGAGUGUUGCGUUUGCGGU